AGCCUCAUCUUGCAAGAAGAAUGACAGGGCAGCGCUGCUCUGUGUGAUCUCUUCUGCUCGUACAUUGCAGUUUGCAUCAUUCGCACUCUUCAGCGAGAGAACGAACGAAGCAGAGCGAAGAUGAUGCGAACGAGGUUGGUUUGGUUCACCUUCGGAUUCGGAUCUUCGGCGGCUGCAAUUACUCACUUCAUCUUCAAAGAUCUCUGGAUCGAUCGCCAGUCUCUCUCUUCACAUCUGAAGGAGAAGUUUGAUGCCCUAGAUGCCAGAGUCUCCAAUCUCGAACAGGUCGUCAGUUCCAAUUCCAUGCCGCCUCAGGACGAAGGAAAUUUGGGUUGAAGCACUAAUCUUGUGCACUACAUUUACGGUUGAAGCAUUUUAUUUUUCUUAGAUCCUGAAGUUCUGCUAUGUAUCAUGUGGAUGACCAGAAUCUGUUACAUUGAGGAAUUCAGAAUUGUUUCCGGCUUUCCACAGGAUCUACCCCUGAGGAGUCAUAAUAGCUGUGCCAUGUAGCUUUUUUUUUUUUUAUUUCUUGCAAAGUCUGUAACUUCAAAGAUAUCACUUCAUCUGUACUUAUUACAAAAACUUUUGAAGGAAGAUUAUCUUGUUUUAUUACUUGGACUAAUUUUUAAUAAUGCAUCAUUUCUCCUAACAGAUAA